GGUCAACGCUUGUGCCAGCAGCCAAUCAAUGGGCGAUCCUGUCGAUCAGCUGCUCGAUUCCGCUUACCAUUACGCAGCUAGUCAUCCUCCUCAUCCUUCAUCUCCCUUUUCUCGUCAAUCUUCUGAUAUUUAUAAUCAUCAUUUUUAUCAUCAUUCCCGAAACCCUUCCCCAGGUCCUUCUUCUCCCGCUCUCACAACUCAUCGCAACUCUCCUGCAGAUGACUUAUUCUUACAUCAUCACAUCGAACAAGACCAGUCUUCACACCAAAACACUCCAACAGAUGAUCACCAAGUAGAUGAGGAACCUCUCUAUGUAAAUGCAAAACAAUAUUUUCGCAUUCUCAAGCGUCGUGUCGCUCGCGCUCGUUUAGACGAAGUACACAGACUAUCAAGGCAAAGAAAGCCAUAUUUACAUGAAAGUCGCCACAAACACGCAAUGCGUCGUCCCCGCGGUCCCGGUGGCCGCUUCCUCACAGCAGAGGAAAUCGCUGCUCAAAAGAAUCAGGCCACCAAUGCUCGUGACAUUGCAGAUGACGACGUAGACGACCAACCUCUCGUUGACAAGGAGGAGAAUAACUCUCCUCCUACCAUCGACGACCCAGUCCUACACGUAAACCCCUAUGCCCAGCCCCCCUUUUCUGCCCAGCAUCACUUGGCAAACACCACUGUGACAGCAAAUCCGCCAAAGCUACCCGCCCCUUCAUCUGCAUCCGUUACCCUCCGUCCACCAUAUACCCCCGCUCAAAUGCACCAUGUUCCCCACCCUCACGCCCACGCCAGGCACCAUCACUCUCAUCUUAACUACUCAGAAGGUCUAUAUCCUACUGAAGAGGGUCCCUCUGGGACCGCUAUGUUAUCUUAUGGUACCCGCAAUCUCGACGCCCGUUGAUUCAGAAGCUUUCACCUUUCUCUCUAGUUCU